AUGGCCUUUCUCUUCCUGUUUGCUAGGUCAAGCUGGGAGCUGCCCGACCUGCGAGAAGGAAGAGUAAAAGCCAUCAGCGAUUCGGAUGGUGUGAGCUACCCCUGGUACGGAAACACCACAGAAACUGUGACCCUGGUCGGGCCCACCAACAAGAUCUCCAGGUUCUCGGUGAGCAUGAAUGACAAUUUCUACCCCAGCGUGACGUGGGCUGUCCCUGUGAGCAACAGUAACGUGCCGCUGCUGACCAGGAUUAAAAGGGACCAGAGCUUUACCACGUGGCUGGUGGCCAUGAACACCACCACCAAGGAAAAGAUCAUCUUGCAGACUAUAAAGUGGAGGAUGCGAGUGGACAUUGAGGUUGAUCCCAUGCAGCUGCUGGGGCAGCGGGCACGGCUGGUGGGAAGGACUCAGCAGGAGCAGCCCCGGAUCCUCAGCAGGAUGGAGCCCAUCCCACCAAAUGCACUAGUGAAACCCAACGCCAACGAUGCCCAAGUCCUCAUGUGGAGACCCAAGCGAGGCCAGCCUAUAGUCGUGAUACCUCCCAAGUAG